AUGACUGACAAUUUAAUUAUGCUUGUGAGCCUGGUGGUUCUUCACAGCAUGUUUAUAAAUGGAAGAACAACAUGUAAACGGCACUUGACGGAAGAAUGGCGUACACAGCCCUCAACAUAUGUGGUGAGUUGGACAGUGACAGAAAACAUCUGCCUGGAGUUCUAUGGGGAUUGCUGGUUUGGAGAUGUAAAUACUAAAAUGAAUACUUCUGGCAAUCAAGUUGUUCCCCAGAUUUGCCCUUUGCAAAUUCAAUUAGGAGACAUCCUUGUAAUUUCUUCUGAACCAUCUCUUCAAUAUCCAGAAAUAAAUGUGAUGAAUGUUUCUGAAGCAUCAUUCAUUGACUGUCUGCAAAAUACCACAACUGAAGAUCAGUUACUUUUUGGUUGCAAUCUAAAAGGAAUGCACACUGUUAAUUCUCAGUGGCUGAGUGUUGGGACACAUUAUUUCAUCACAGUAAUGCCAAGUGGUCCAUCCCUUUGUCAACUGGGACUUCGACUAAAUGUAACAGUGAAAGAGCAGUUCUGCCAGGAAUAUCUGAGUUCGGAGCUUUGCUCUGGGCAUGGUACAUGUCUUACUGAAAUUUGGAGCAAGAUAUACAGCUGCCAUUGCCAGCCUCCAUUCUAUGGGAAAUACUGCCAGGAGCUGGAUUCAUAUUCCUUUAAGCCAUGUAAAAAUAAUGGCAGUGGCAUUAAUAAAAGAGAAAAAUGGAAUAAGCAAGGAUAUGAAUGUAUCUGUCACCCACAAAUUUCAGGCAUAAAUUGUUCAGAAAUAAUUGGGCAGUGUCAACCACAUAUCUGUUUCCAUAGGAACUGCAGAAAUAUUACUGCAAAUAGUUUCAUUUGUGAUUGUGAGGAACCAUUUUCAGGUCCAUUCUGUGAGGAGUCAGUGGAACAUUUUGUUUCUCAGUCUUGUUGGAAAGGAGAAAUUAGUCAAAAUAAAAGCUCAGCUUACAUUUUGGAAUGCAAAGAAGGAUAUCUCAAUCAAAGCUGUGAAACCUAUGUCAAUGAGUGUUCACCAAAACCAUGUCAGAAUGUUACUGACUGCAUUGAUAUUCCAACGGAUAUCAUGUGCAUGUUUUCACCAAUAUGUACAGUCAAGCAUUGUAAGCAACUUCAAACACCACUGGAGUCUUUUCCUUGCAAGAUUAAUGCCACAAGUAUGAAAUAUGAGAAAGAUUAUCAUUGCAGUUGUAUUCCAGGAUUUACUGGAAAAAACUGUGAGAAAGUAAUUGACCGCUGCAGACUUUUCACCAUCAAUUGUCUGAAUGAAGGAUGGUGUUUCAAUGUAAUCGGAAGAUUCAGAUAUAUAUGCACUCCAGGGUGCACAAGAAAUUCAUGUCGAUUUGUGAAGAAUGUUUGCUUAAUUCAUCUGAACGCCUGCUACUGUGGAGCCAUCAGCCAUGGUAUUUUUCAAGCUGAAGUUGCAAGUCCUCCUCAAUUAAAAUACGUGUGGCAAUUGAAAUUUACAGGAUCAGAAGGUGAAAAUCAUGAAGUGGUUACCGGCAGCUACUUCUUUCUCGCUUGCAGCUGCAUGGAAGGUGCUGUCAGUCUGAACGGAUCCGAAGCCUUUGGUCAUGUGUGUUGGUUCCUACGUGAAGGAACAAGGAAGAUAUGUGCAAAUGGAUGUAGUUGGUUAAUUAUAGAAGAUGAUAAGGGAUAUUGGUGCCUAUGUACUUCCACAUGGUUUUGCAAAAUGUGUCUGGAAAACACAACUGACUAUGAAGGAAGUAGGUGUCAACAAGCUAUUUGUGAAGAGGAAAUUAAUAUAUCCAGAUGCAGCUGUUUUCUUGGUCACAUGUUUAGAGUCAGUAUACUCAAUGUUGAUGACUGCUUAGGAAACCAGAGCACAUCAGUGCAAGGCCUCUGCCUGACCCAUUUGCACACCUGCAGUUGUAGCUCUCUGCAAAGAUGUGAAAGACACAUCUGUGAAAUAGAAACUGAAGAUUGUAAAUCUGCGCCCUGCAAAAAUGGAGCAACAGGUACACAUUUAUAUGGCUAUUUCUUUGGCAAAUGUUUCCCAGGAUUUACAGGCAAACAAUGCAGAAUAGAUGUAGAUGAGUGUGCUUCACAUCCCCGCAAGAAUGGAGCCACCUGCAUUGACCAUGCUGGUAAUCAUUCCUGUCAAUGCGUGGCUCCAUUUAAAGGUAUUAAGCGUCCACUGGUGCCAGGCCUUCUCAAGAACCACCAAUGCGUGUGCCUUUCUGGUUGGGAAGGAUAUUUUUGUGAACAAGAAUUCAAUGACUGCAAAAAGAAUCCCUGUAAGAACAAUUCCACCUGUACUGACCUUGACAAUGGCUAUCGCUGUGACUGUACAUCUGGAUGGACUGGACAGAAUUGUAGUGAAGAAAUAAAUGAAUGUGACUCUGACCCAUGCAUGAAUGGAGGUCUUUGUCAUGAAUCUUCCAUCCCUGGGCAAUUUGUGUGCCUGUGCCCACCCUUUUAUACUGGAAAAUUUUGCCAUCAACACUAUAACCCCUGCGAUCCACUCAGUGAUCCUUGCCAAAACAAUUCAACAUGCUUGACUUUGGUAGAUGGAAAUCAUUAUUGCAUUUGCAGAGAAGGAUUUAAAGGUGAACACUGUGAAAUUAACAUGAAUGAGUGCUUCCCCCUUCCUUGUCAGAACUGUGGUGACUGUAAAGUCGGGCUCAACAAUUUCAGGUGUGUUUGCAGACCUGGGUUUUCUGGACCUCUAUGUGAAACUAAUGAGUGUUCCUCUAAACCUUGCCAAAAUAAUGGAAUCUCUGUGGAUCUGACAAGUAGAUUUCUAUGUAAUUGUGAACCUGAGUAUCAUGGAUCUUUCUGUGAACUGGAUAUAAAUGAAUGUGAAAUCUCACCUUGUCCCGAUGGAGAAAAUUGUGUCAAAAGAACAGGUGGAUACAUCUGCCUCUGUGCUCCUGGUUAUUCAGGCAUCGAUUGUGAAGUAAAUAUAGACGAAUGUCUAUCAAAGCCCUGUCUCCGUGACGGAACUUGUAUUGAUGGCAUAAAUCAUUACACCUGUGACUGCAAGAGUGGGUUUUUCGGAGCACACUGUGAAGCAAAGGCAAAUGACUGCCUCUCACAUCCUCCUCUACAUGGCAGAUGCAUAGAUUUCAUUGAUAAGUAUCAAUGUUCAUGCAGUGCAGAAUGGACUAGCUCAAGAUGUAAGAUCAAGAUUAAUGACUGCACAUCCAUCCCUUGUAUGAAUGAAGGCUUCUGUCAGAAGGCAGCCCAUGGCUUUACUUGCAUUUGCCCAAAUGGUACAUAUUGUGAAGUAAAUGUUAGCAGUUGUACUGAGCAUGAUCUGAAUGUGGUCCUCUGCCUUAACAGAGGGAUAUGUUUUGAUGGACCUGGACACACUUUUUAUUGCAGAUGUCUCCCUGGAUUUUCUGGGAAAUUUUGUGAAAUUAACAUAAAUGAAAGUUCUUCAUCACCAUGUCUAAAUGGUGUGAACUGUGAGGAUCACAUCAAUGGAUAUAUUUGCAAAUGUCAACAAGGAAGUUCAGGACAUCCCUGUGAGAAAGAACUUUAUGAGUGCCUUUCCAACUUACAUGUUCAUGGAAUGUGCAGAGGAAGUGAACCUGACGAAGGCUUGCCAUGUUUAUGCACACCUGGACUUGUGAUCUGCUCCAUUGGGCUUCUCUGUGGUAAUGAAAUAAGAAGAACCACCUGUUUACCUCCCAGCUCUCAAGGAAAAGAGGCCACUUCCGCACAGACACACACAGUGCCCACCUCAGGGACUUCGGUCAGUAGCAUCCCACCUGCCAGGGCUACCCAACUGUGGGCCAUAGUGAACACUACUCCAGUUGGUGAAGGUCCAAAACAGACAGACUUUUUCCAGCACGACGUUCUCCCAACCACUGGUUUGGCAGCAUUAAAUAUUGGCACAUCCUCUGAAAGUUAUUUACUCGAAGAACUGAUUUCCACUAAAGAGCUUUCAGCAAAACACAGUCUUCCUUCUUCAGCAGAUGUUUCCUCUUCUCAGUUUCUGAAUUUUGGUGCUCAUGACCCAGCACAUAUCGUCGGGGGCAAAACAUCUGUAUCAUGUAUGCCCAUCCAAACUCCAGUGGGCGCACCAGGACUCUUUUUCCCUGAUAGGGGAGAGAGCACCCCGUUUAUCAUCUCAUCCUUAAUGACAGAUUUUAUUUUUCCUACACAAUCUUUAUUAUCUGAGAGCCCCCGGACUGUUGUCUUGUCUGCUACCACAAUGAGUUCAGUAAUUAGUGGUGUUCCAGGGGCUGAUGUUGAGUUAAACAGACACUCAUUACUCUCCCGUGGCUUCCCGCCCGCAACUGCUUCCGUGAGUGCACCUCCAGUCGUCUCUCAAGAGGAUAUUGAAGAAUAUUCAGCUCUUUCGUUAAUUUCAAGAAGAGAGUCCUGGAGACUGCUGAGCUCUUCGAUGUCUCCCAUUUCUCCUGCUGAGAUAAUCAUAUCCAAGCCAGUAGCCAUCUUAAAUUCAUCAACUCUGCACCAAUUCACCACACAAGCCUCCAUUCCCAGUGAAGAGCAGGUUAUUACCGAAGCAUCCAGCAACCAGAGACUCACAAAUAUCAAACCACAGGCUGCUGAUUCUUUAAGUGAAUUAAGUCAAACAUGUGCAACGUGUUCUAUGACUGAAAUAAAAUCCUUUCAUGAAUUUUCAGAUCAAGUUUUGCAUAGCAAACAGUCCCACUUUUACGAGACAUCCUGGAUGAAUUCAGCAGUAUUAGCCAGGUGGUUUGCACGAAUGGGAACACAAACUAUCACUUCUGGACAUUCACUUCCUUCGGCUGCUGAAAUCACGCCAUCAGUGGCAAUCACAGAACUGUCAUCUUUAUUUCCUUCUACAAAGAGUACAAAAAGAAGAAUUUUAGUCUCAUCCAUAGAAGAAUAUGUUACCCUAUCAAGUAAUUUGGAUGUUAAUUUAUGCUUGGAUAAGAUGUGUUCAUCCAUUAUCCCUUCACAAACUGUCCCUUCAGACCUGACGAAUUCGGAUUUGACUUCACAACAGACUGCUGAUGAUCCUUCAGUAUCAGAAAACAUUUUUAAACUAUUGAAAAUAGGACUCUAUGGUACAACUUUGGGUCCCACUGAGAUGCUGAAUGAAGACAAGUUACUGGGCGUGCGAGAGCAUGAAGGGUCUUAUACCCGGUUCAAACCUCACACAGGGGAUGGAUCUCUAAAUUUUGAAUUAAACUUUCAAAGUCAUCCAGAAACUAUACAUUCAAGUGACCUCAAAAACAACAUGCCACAACAUGUAGACUCCACGUCUGAUUUUUCAGAAGUAACCUCUCCUGUAGCAUUUUCUAUAGUUUCAGCAACUCAAUCACUUCCAAUACAGACCUCUGUCCCCAUGUCUGUAGUUAUGCCAGAUUGGACAUAUUAUACAGAUUAUCUGACCUUAGCACCUGAUUUAAGAGAAGAGGUCAGAACUUCUUCAGAAUGGUCCAGAUGGGAGCUGCAGCCUCGUGGGCGUGGUCAGGAAUCUCCUGUGGCAAGUCAAAGGCUUUCCAUCACUAGGUCUCUUAUCUGGUCUUCCCUGGAGCCCAUUCCGGCACCUCCUCAGCUGAUGAUUUCUGAUAUCAGUUGUGUUUGUUAUUACGGAGAUUCCUAUCUAGAAUUUCGGAACGUGUUUUUAAAUCCACAAAAUAACAUCUCCCUAGAAUUUCAGACCUCCAACGCCUAUGGACUCCUGCUCUACAUCAAACAAGACUUAGAUUCAGGAGAUGGACAUUUUAUUCAAUUAUUUAUUGAAAAUGGUACUUUAAAGUACCAAUUUUUCUGUGCUGGUGAAGCAAAAUUGAAAAGCAUUAACACUACUAUUAAAGUGGAUGAUGGACGAAAGUAUACACUGCUUAUCAGGCAAGAAUUGGAUCCAUGUAAAGCUGAACUGACUAUUCUAGGGAAGACUAUAAAAGCAAGCGAAUCUAUUGGUUAUGUACCAGGAAAAGCACUGCCAGAAUCAGGGGCUGUCUUUAUUGGUGGACUUCCAGAUCUUCAUGAAGCAAACCAGAUUUCUGGACCAGUUGAGAAUUUUACUGGCUGCAUAGAAGUUAUAGAAAUCAAUAACUGGGGAUCUUUCAUCCCAUCCAAGGCAGUGAAAAAAAUUCAUAUUGACAGUUGCAGAUCCCAGGAUUCUAGCCCGUCAGCAACGUCCGCGUCUGUCCCUCCUUCUGGGGCCGCGGAAGGGGCCGGUUCCCCGGGGGCCUCACUCGUCCCCCGCGUGGCGCCGGCCACGUGCCAGGGGCGCGUGUGUCACCACGGGGGCACCUGCCGCACCGUCGUCCUCCGGGGGGGCGUCUUCUCCUUCCAGUGCGACUGUCCGCUCCAUUUCACCGGCCGGUUCUGUGAACGAGAUGCAGGUUUAUUUUUUCCAUCUUUCAAUGGGAAUUCCUACUUAGAACUGCCUUUUUGUACAACCCUAAGGAAGGAACGUAACAGAAUUGUUAACAUCUACUUGACUAUACAAACAAGCACUUUGAAUGGAACAAUUCUCUACAGUAAUGAGAAGAAUUUUGGACAACAGUUUCUUCAUUUAUUUCUUGUGGAAGGAAAGCCCACAGUUAAAUACGGAUGUGGAAGUUCUCAAAAUAUCUUGACUCUUUCUGCUAAUUACAGCAUUAACAGAAAUGCAUUCAUCCCUAUAACAAUACGCUACACAAUGCCUGUUGGCAGCCCUAGGGUUGCUUGUAUGAUUGAAAUGGCUGCAGAUGGAAAACCUCCAAUACGGAAAGAAGACACCAAGAUACCUCAUGUGUCCCAGGUAUAUUUUGAAAAAUUGUUCCUUGGCCAUAUCCCGGCAACUGUUAAGAUUCCUAAGAAUGCAGGCCACGUUUAUGGAUUCAAGGGCUGCAUUCAAGAGCUUCAAGUAAACAACAAAGAAUUCUUCCUCAUCGAUGAAGCCCUGAGUGGGAAAAACAUUGAGAACUGCCACAUCCCUCGGUGUGAGCAUCAUCUGUGCCGCAAUAAUGGUACCUGUAUCAGUGAUAGUGAAACUUGGUUUUGUGACUGUCCAAGGCUGUACUCAGGCAAGCAGUGCCAGUUUGCAACUUGUGAAAGCAACCCAUGUAGAAAUGGUGCCACCUGUGUUCCUAAAUCCGGGACAGACAUUGUCUGCCUCUGUCCGUAUGGAAGGUCUGGUCUCCUCUGCACUGAAGAUGUUCACAUCACCCAGCCCAGGCUCAGUGGGAUGGAUGCCUUUGGAUAUACCUCGUUCCUGGCUUAUUCACGGGUCCCAGACAUCAGCUAUGAUUACGAGUUCCACUUGAAGUUUCAGCUGGCAAACAACCACUCAGCAGUGCAAGACAACUUGUUAUUUUUCACCGGACAGAAGGGCCAUGGGCUGAGUGGUGAUGACUUCCUGGCCGUGGGUCUGCGCAGCGGCCGCGUGGUUUACAGUUACAACCUGGGGUCUGGCACAGCAAGUGUCAGCAGCGAUCCCCUCGAUCUGAGCCAUGGGAUCCACACGGUCCUUCUGGGGAGGUCCUUCCGAGCAGGCUGGCUGAAGGUAGAUGAUCAGCAAAAUAAAUCCAUCAUCUCUCCAGGAAAACUGGUUGGUCUCAAUGUCUUCAGUCAGUUUUAUGUAGGUGGCUACAGUGAAUACACUCCAGAUCUCCUACCGAAUGGAGCCGAUUUUAAAAAUGGCUUUCAAGGUUGUAUUUUUACUCUGCAAGUUCGUACUAAGAAGAAUGGACAUUUCAGAAGCCUGGGGACGCCUGAGGGCCACCCAAAUGCUGGGCGCAGCGUUGGCCAGUGUGAUGCUUCUCCCUGUCGCUUGAUGAAAUGUGGCAACGGUGGGACGUGUGUGGAGCAGGGAUCAACUGUUUACUGUAACUGUCCUAGUGGAUGGAAAGGAGCCUUUUGCACGGAGACAGUUUCCACCUGCGACCCUGAGCAUGACCCUCCACACCACUGCAGCAAAGGAGCAACUUGUGUCUCGUUGCCUCAUGGAUACACCUGUCACUGUCCACUAGGAACCACUGGAGUCUACUGUGAGCAAGCUUUGUCUAUAAGUGAUCCAUCUUUCAAAAGCCACGAAUUAUCCUGGAUGUCUUUUGCUUCCUUUCCUGUUCGAAAAAAGACACAUAUUCAAUUGCAGUUCCAGCCUCUUACUGCAGAUGGCAUCCUAUUCUACGUUGCCCAACGCUUAAAAGCAGAGUCAGGUGAUUUUUUAUGUAUCUCUUUAGUAAACGGUUCUGUUCAACUCCGCUACAAUCUUGGUGACAGAACUAUCGUUCUAGAAACUCUCCAAAAAGUAACUAUUAAUAGAAAUACCUGGCAUGUGAUUAAAGCAGGAAGAGAUGGUGCAGAAAGCUACCUGACUUUGGAUGGGAUAAAUGUAACAGAAAAAGCCAACGCUAAAAUGAGCUCCCUGGACACAAAUACCGACUUCUAUAUUGGAGGAGUGUCAUCCUUAAAUCUUGUAAAUCCCAUGGCAACAGGGAAAGAACCUGUAGGUUUUCAAGGUUGUGUCCGAGAAGUUAUUAUAAAUAAUCAAGAAUUACAAUUAACCGAAUUAGGAGCAAAAGGUGGUUCAAAUGUAGGUGACUGUGACGGGACAGCCUGUGGGUACAACGUGUGCAAAAACAGGGGUGAAUGUAUAGUAAAUGGCACAACUUUUUCUUGCAGCUGCUUACCACAUUGGGCAGGAAAUACAUGUGACCAGUCUGUGUACUGUUUGAAUAAUCUUUGCCUCCACCAAUCUCUAUGUAUACCUGACCAAUCAUUUUCUUACAGUUGUUUGUGUACUUUGGGUUGGGUGGGAAGGUAUUGUGAAAACAACACUUCAUUUUCAACUGCAAAAUUUAUGGGUAAUUCUUACAUUAAAUACACUGAUCCAGAUUACAGAAUGAGAAAUCUUCAGUUCACUACUAUAUCUUUAAAUUUCAGUACUACCGAAACAGAAGGUUUAAUUGUAUGGGUAGGAAAAGCUCAAAAUGAAGACGAUGAUUUUCUGGCAAUUGGUCUCCAUAAUCAGACCCUGAAAAUAGCAGUUAACUUAGGAGAAAGCAUCUCUGUACCUAUGAUUUACAGCAAUGGUACAUUCUGUUGCAAUAAGUGGCACCAUUUAAUUAUAAUUCAAAAUCAGACUCUUAUUAAGGCCUACCUAGAUGACAACCUAAUUCUCUCUGAGGAUACUAAUCCACACAAAAAGUUUGUUGCUCUCAACUAUGAUGGUAUUUGUUAUCUGGGGGGCUUUGAAUAUGGCCGAAAGGUAAAUAUUGUUACUCAAGAGAUUUUUAAAAGAAGUUUUGUUGGCAAAAUUAAAGAUGUAUUUUUUCAGGAUUCAAAAAAAAUUGAGUUAAUUAAAUCGGAAGGAUACAAUGUUUAUAAUGGUGAUGAACAAGAUUAG